CGUGUGGGGGAGUACACCGCGAUGGGGGUACCCCACGACAUUUGUCCGGUAUUUAGUGAGUAUUUUUCGAUGGGACAUGACUCAAACAAGUACCGUAACUCCGGAAGAAAACACCACAGAAUUGGAAGCGAUGGACCCGGCGCAGAGCAGCAAGUUGAGCGAUGGAAUCGAGGCUCCGUGGUGGAAGUUGUGGGCGAAACGCCGGAACGUCGUUAUGCUGAUGGCCUUUUUUUGCAUGCAGGUCGUGCAUCUGACCCGGUUGAGUUUGAACGUAACGGUUGAUGCCAUGAAGGCCGAUCUCGGCCAAAGUUGGGACAACGAACAACUGGUGAGCUCGUUAUUCUACGGAUUGCUCGUGACGCAGAUUCCCGGUGGCUUUCUUGCCAGCAAAUUUGGUUGUACGAAUGUGAUCACUGUCGAUAUAGCUGGGACCUCUGUGCUGGCAAUCUUCACGCCGCUGGCAGCCUACGGCGGAGCCGGAUGGAUCAUAGCGGUUCGCGUUCUACAGGGGAUGUUCCAGGGGGUGGUCUUCCCCUGUCUGCUUGACCUCUGGGCACGGUGGGCACCUCCGUCGGAGCGGACGAACAGGGUCAUGGUUACGUUCGUGGGAAUCGUUGUGGGGACGCUGAAAGCGAUGUUCAUCGGUGAACCCCUGGUCGAAUUCGUCAGUUGGGAGAGUGUGUUUUACAUAUUUGGAGGCGCUGGAUGUUUGUGGUGCGUGGCAUGGAUCAAGAUGAUCAGGAAGUCUCCGGACGAGGAUCGAUCGAUUACUGAUGGGGAGAAAGAGUUCAUCAUGCAAACUUUGGGGAAUGUUGAAGGACAGUCUGGAGAUGUGAAACAUCCUUGGAAGGGGGUUUUCACCUCGACUGCAGUUCUAGCGUGUGCGAUUGCCAGUUUCUGCCAAAGUUGGGGACUCGUCAACACUCUGAACAUGUUUCCAACAUUCUUGAAAGAAACCCUACACUACGAUCUCUCCCCAACGGGUUUCCUCACAACACUCCCGUACGUAUCAGCCAUAAAAGGUCUCACUAUUGCCGGCCCCCUGGCCGAUCGUCUCCAGGUCAAGGGACUUCAAACGGCUACCCAGGUUCGCCGCAACUUCACCUGUGCCUCCUUCAUAGCGCAGCUGAUCUUCAUGCUCGCCGGAGCGCUCGUGCUGAACCCAACAGCGGCCAUCAUCCUGAUGACCAUAGCCGUGGCGAUGGGAUCCUUUGCCUGGGCCGGGUACGUCGUAAACCUACUGGAUAUGUCACCCAAGAGUGCCGGAGUCAUGAUGGGAGUUGUGGGGACCUUCGGGACCGUAGCGGAUAUCGUGUCGCCGGUUGUGACCGGGAGUCUUACGGCGAACAAUACGGUGGAAGAGUGGAACGCGGUGUUCUUCGUAACAGCCGGAUUUUACCUUUUGGGAUGUGUUGUGUAUUGGUUCCUGGCUUCUGGAGAAUUGCAGCCGUGGUCAGUUGAAAAGCGGGCAAGGGAUCAACAGAACGGUUUGAGCGCAAUAAUGUCUUCAGUGUGAAUCUAGAAAUGAAAA